AUGUCCAAGAACGCCAAGGAGGAAACAAAGCAGCAGGUGAACGAGAUUGUGGAGGAGGACGACGAGUUUGAGGAGUUUGAGGACGAGGGAUGGAUGGAAAGGAAAGAGGAGCCUGAGGACAAACAGUACUGGGCGGACGACUGGGACAACGAUGAUAUCAACGAGGAAUUCGCUGCACAGCUUAGGACUGAGCUUAUGGCGAACUCCUCCAAGUAA